AGUCAGAAUGGGUGUUGCUGAGGAGCAGCUCCCUGCACAGAAGGGAAGCAUCCCAGUGACACCAGUCAAGGACAAGUUACCGACCACAAAAUUCCAUUACAUCACCAUAUCCAUCAUUUUGGUGAGCUGCUUAUCUAAAGUCAACUACAACCCCUGUAAGGGAGAGGAGCGCUACCAUGUGGUGGGUUUGAGAGGAUUGGUGUCUCUACUUGUGACCAUCACACCCAUGAUUACCAGUGUGGUAGUCAUGUACUUGCUCGUGAUCCACGUCUUCGCUGUCAUUGGAGUUCAGCUGUGGAUGGGGGAGCUGAACAACCGAUGCUUCCUGGGAGAGGACAUUGUCACAAAGUACAACUUGUCUCUGAGUCCGUACUAUGUCUCAGCCCCCGGGGAAAUUGAUCCAUUUCUCUGUUCAACUGAAGAUAUGAAUGGAAAUAGGCGGUGCGCUGACAUUCCAGCCUAUAAAGAAGGUGGGAAGGUUUGUACACUGGCAGCUCCACCUAACAAUUGGCCGGGUAACUGGUCAGCCAGUGGUGGAGACUGUGUUAACUGGAACGUUUACUACAACGUAUGUCGACCCGAUGGCCCAAACCCCUAUGUUGAGUACCUCAACUUCAACAACAUCAGACAUGCCUGGAUUACUGUUUUCCAGCUCAUGACUUUUGAAGGCUGGACAGAAGUCAUGCACUAUAUAAUGGACACGCAUUCUUUCUGGAGUUUCGUGUAUUUCGUCCUUGUCACCCUUAUUGGUACAUUCAUCUUCCUCAACACCUGCGCUGUGGUCAUAGCCACUUUCUUCUCGGAGGCCAUGAUAAAAGCGACUGAAGACUCCUGCUCUUUCACAUCCCCCUUCCUGACCUGGUGCUACGGGUUGAUUAAGAAGUUCUUCGACAGGUUACCCAACUGCAGCUUCAGCAAAGGGAAAAAUGUGUCAACGAAGAGGGUGAGAAAGAUAGUAGAUGGCAAUUUAUUUUCCGGAGGGAUUUUGUUUGCCAUCUUCCUGGAUACUGUCUCCAUGGCCGUUCAGCACCAUGGGCAGCCUUUGAAAAUGACAGAGGUGUUAAAAAUUUGCAAUUACCUUUUCACUGUUGUGUUCACCAUGGAGAUUGUCCUAAAAGUACUUGCUUAUGGACAUCUGUACUUCAUGGAAGGAAGCAACUUAUUUGACUUCACCAUCGUCAUGAUCAGUCUGUGCGACGUAGCUGGACUGUUCAACACCGGGCUACCAGCUGUGCGAGCACUUCGGAUGAUGCGCUUUGGGCGCCUGGUGAACAACUUCCCCUACCUGAAGAGGCAGCUGAUGCUGCUGUUCAGGACCUUAGGGAAGGUGUUCACCCUCUGCCUGUUGAUGAUGAUCACGUACAAGAUCCAACAUGUGAAUGACUCUCACGCCGAUCUGUUGCUUCUUUUCAGUGUGAUGGGGAUGUACAUGUUUGGCUGUAGAUAUGAUGAGAGGCAAAACUUUGAUUCACUUACCUGGUCCAUGGUGACAGUCUUCCAGGUUCUGACUCAAGAAGACUGGAAUAUAGUGCUGUACAAUGCCAUGUCUUCCACUUCCGGAUGGUCUGCUAUCUACUUUGUUGUCACCAGCAUGAUUGGGAAUAACAUUCUUCUCAAUGUCCUUAUGAGCAUUGUGGUUGAGAGCUUCCAGACUGCGCCACCCAUUGUAGAAGAUGCUAAGACCGGCUCAGCUGUGCCAAAUCCUAAACACUCCAUAAUGUGCAUACCUCUGGUAUCUGUUCCAGGGACCAAUGGCAGCUUCUGCAUUCAGAAAGAGAAACCCAUGCCAAACGUUACUGAUAUGUAUCUGCCGAACCCCACAGAGAUUUUUGAACUGCUUCCAAAGACCACUGCAGUGGUGCAGGGAGCACAAAGAAUGGACAUUCUUCCUGUUGCCUCCAACCAACAGGCAUGUCCUACACGCACAAACAUUUUUAUAAUCAGCCUGUUCUGUUUGAUCUAUAGAACUGUAUUGGACCAUCCCAUUAAACUGUUCUUAUUCCGCAUGCUUUGCCAGAAAUUGGUCCAGCACAAGUAUUUUGAUUGGAGCAUCAUGCUCUUCAUCUUGAUAGGUUGUGUCACCAACGCUUUUGAGAGACCUGCAAUAAUGGCCGAUAGCACAGAGCGAGCUAUUCUAAACAUAUUCUCUGAUGUCCUGGUAGCUAUUUUCACAGUGGAGAUGGUAGUGAAGGUUACAGCCAAAGGUUUUGUGUAUGGAGAAAACAGCUACUGCAAGAGCUUCUGGAAUAUCCUGGAUGGUUUUCUAGUCAUUUCGUCUUUGGGGCAUGUACUUUUCAAGCUUGUGGCAUCUGGAGAGACGCGGAUGUUUAGUCUGAUGAAAGUUUUACGCCUGCUACGUGCUCUCCGCCCUCUCAGGGUGAUCAAGAGAGUGCCAAAACUGAAGCUGGCUGUGGAGGCUCUUGUGUCAUCGGUGAAACCCAUGGCAAACAUCAUUCUCAUUAGCUGCGUCUUCCUCUUUUUUUUUGGCAUUGUUGGAGUUCAGGCCCUGCUUACCCUUUUUGUAAUGUACUCUAAAGAUGGAUGGUUAGCCGUUAUGUAUGACGGUUUAGAUGCUGUUGAUGUUAACAAGCAGCCCAAAAAGAACAACAAUCAGUGGCCGCUGAUGUUUUUCAUCCUGUUCAUGGUCAUGAGCUUGUUUCUUCUGGACAUGUUCAUCGGUGUGAUGGUGGAGACCUUCCACCAGUGUCGUCAGGCACAGAAACAAGAGGACAAUGGCAAACCGCCAGAUAGCAGUCCUUCCACUCAAAAUGCGGUGGCGCCACUUGAAGAGAACUAUGCAGCCACACAUAAAUACAUAGUUAAACUGAGCACCGGCAGGAAUUGGGACAUUCUAGCAACCAUCAUAAUAUCCUGCAAUAUCUUGAUCAUGGCUUUUGAGCAUCAUCGACAGCCAAAGCUUAAACUUGGCCAUUUUAAUAGCGUCCAUCAUCAGCGCAGUUUUCAGUCUGUUGAGAAUGACACGCACAGUGAACUUCAGUUUCAAUGCACUGAGAGUCUGUCACAUCCUCCGACUUGCACAAGUGCUGAAGGACAGGAGGGUUACAGUUCUGAUGAGGACGAUCACCAAAACUCUCUCUCAGCUUGCACCCCUGACUACCCGUGCCUCGGGAUAAACCGGUACACCCAUUUCAAAAAUUUCCCCAUGGCUCUGCUCGCCCUGUACGCAGUCUGCACCGGGGACAACUGGAAUGGAAUCUUGAAAGUAUGUACACACAUCACACAUGCAUCUAUACAACCUUCAGCAAUGAGGGUUUUUAGUAAUUUGCUCACUGGACACCUGUCACGUACAACUGCACAGCCGGGCCAAGACACCCUGAGGGAGUGCCGACCCGACGACGCCGACUGUUCCAGUUACUUACGCUGGGCCUCACCGAUGUACUUUAUAACUUUCGUUAUCGUGGCCCAGUUUGUGCUAGCGAACCUGGUGGUGGCUGCCAUCGUGCAAGCACUUGAGGACAGUAAAAAGGAGAGUUUCAUAGGCAAUAAUCCAGGAGAUGAGAUGAUGACUGUUCACACAGGAGUCUAUUUGAGCUCUCCACAGUCUGUGAUGGAGAUCCUCUUGGAGGUUCGCCCGGAGCGCGAA